AUGGGUAAAUCAAACAGCAAGCUCAAGCCCGAGGUGGUGGAGGAGUUGACAAGGAAAACCUACUUUACGGAGAAAGAGGUGCAGCAAUGGUACAAAGGCUUCAUCAAAGAUUGUCCCAGUGGGCAGCUCGACGCUCUGGGCUUUCAGAAGAUAUACAAGCAGUUCUUCCCUUUCGGAGACCCCACAAAGUUUGCCUCCUUUGUCUUCAAUGUCUUUGAUGAAAAUAAGGAUGGACGCAUCGAGUUCUCUGAAUUCAUCCAGGCUUUGUCCGUGACUUCUCGGGGAACUCUGGAUGAGAAGUUGAGAUGGGCUUUUAAAUUAUACGACCUCGAUAACGACGGCUACAUUACCCGUGAUGAGAUGUUGAACAUCGUAGAUGCCAUAUAUAAGAUGGUGGGGAACACUGUGGAACUGCCAGAGGAUGAAAACACACCAGAGAAACGAGUGGACCGUAUCUUUGCGAUGAUGGACAAGAAUGCCGAUGGGAAGCUGACGCUGCAGGAGUUCCAGGAGGGCUCGAAGGCCGACCCCUCCAUUGUCCAGGCGUUGUCGCUCUAUGACGGACUUGUGUAGGGAUGUAAGAUGGAUACAGCUCCGCAUCCUCCUGCGCGUUACCACACACGCCAGUCCAGCACCAUCACACCUGUAACAUGAGGACGCCACAUCAAACUCCUUCACCCAGACGUGGACUGCAACCUUUUGUCGCACGGCCAUAUGGCAUUUGUGUCAAGUAGCUGUUCGUCUCCAUUUCCACCAAGUGUGAGGAAAGAAUAUCCUCCGAUGUGACGGACGAUUCAAAAAAAUAUCUGCAAAACCCUCAUUUAUCUGUGUUUCUACAGCUAUGUGUGGUCCGUGUGCGAGCGUGUCCGCGGGCCACAGUGAUGUGGUUCCCCCCCCCCACGGACAGUCCCAGGACCUGACUUUGCUCGGAGAUGUCAGUUUGUGUCAAGGGGAUGCACGAGAAGUGCUCAGAGGAACUGUGCUGCUGCUAUCUCAACACGCGGAGAGACUCCAAACCCGUGGAAAUCUUGAAAA